GUCAACUUUUCCUCAGCACAGAUCUGAUGAAGGUCCAGGUAGGACCGAAACGUCAUACUGUUUAACUAUUGGAUUGCUAAUAAAAUCUAAAUCUACUUCACCGUGAGAAGUGGUGUGCAAAGUUUUAUCUUUUAUAUACACGUAAGGAUUGGGAUUCCUAACUCCAGCACCCACGACAUUUUUGAGAGUGACGUAUUUCUGCAUUAAGUAUACUUUCCCUAUACGGUCACUUCAACUGAAGAAUGGCUAGUAACGUCUUUCAUUAUGAUCAAGACGAGACCGACAGAAUAAUAGCAAGGACCACUCUGUCCAGUGAUUUUCUUCAAGUUCCAUCAUAUGAAUUUCGCACACGCGAACUGGAACGGGAGUCUCGACAUCUAGUGAACCUCGAACUCCAUUGUGCCACAUUAACAGAAUAUCUGAAAGUUCAUAGAAUACCACGUGGACUUCGUGUUAAAUUGAGACCCACGAUCUUCAGCGACAAGAAAGAUUAUUGCGAUUUUUUUAUACAAAUUUUGAACAAAUGUUCAAAUGACAUCAUGACACUUACAGUGGACUUUCUGCAAAAAGAAAUUAAGCUAUUACAGGAUAAGGUGAAAACCAUUGAAGCACAGCUGGAUACCGCUCUCAAUCCAGAGGAAUUGACCAGAACAAAAGAACGACUGACGACUAAUCUUGACAAACAUAAGAAGGACUCAGAAAAGAAGAAAAGAGACAAAUUUGUCCGAGACACCGAGGACUAUCUACAGAAUCAUGUGUACAGAUGGCAAGACCCCAUCAUCGGACAGAGACCCUAUUACUCCAAUAGAGGAACAUCACAAGCUGCAUACUCAUCAAGUUCCAAGGGCAAUGAAGCCUACUAUGGAAGAGGUCGUCCCGGCGGGAGACGCCGCCCACAGAGAAGGAGGGGUGGGUUUGGAGUUUCAAAUAUAACAGAGAGUACCACGACUACUAGAUCACAGGUGCGCUGAGGAUACUAUCUCCGGACCAAUGCUGUGGGGGCCCACCUAUUCUCUUCUUUCCCAUUUAUAACACCUUGUUCCCAUACAUCACUCUAUUACACUCAGUUCAACACACCCCUUUUUUCUGUUUCUUACACCCUUGACACUGAUCUUGUUCAUCACACAUAAUUCUUUAUCUAUAUCCUCCUAUAUGGCUGCCCCUUUCUAUAUUCAUCAGUUCUUUCCCAUUUAUAACACCUUUUUUCCCUUACAUCACUUUAUUACACUCAGUUAAACACACUC